AUGCCUCUAACGCUGCCGGUGGUUUUCCGGCGGCGCAUGGAAAAUCUCAAGCACAACAGUGAGUGCGAGAACGAUGACCAGCGCCACAACCAGACGCUGCCCUCGUUCGUGGACAGCAAAAUCGCCGCCUCCGACUCGGGCGUGUUCCUUUCGAUGCAGGACAUCGAUCGCGAGCUGCCUGGCAGUGCGAGUGGCAGUGUCACCGGAACGGGUCGGCUGCUCUCGACCGGAGGCGGCAACCCAGGCUCGGCAGGGGUACGCACGAAGGAGCGUGUCGGGGCAGCGGGAGGAGGUGGUCUUCAGCACAAAGUGCUGGCACAGCGCGCGCAUAGUGGUGGUGGUGCACAGGGAGCUGAUAACGACGACGUAGAUAACGAGCACGACGACGAGGAGGAGGAGGUGGAGGAAGAGCAGGAUGAGGAAGAGGUGGGCAUCACGCUGCGUCUGACGAAGAAGAAGCCUCAGUCCGAGCUGCGGCUGAUGAAGGAUCGUACCUGCCAGAGUCUGCCGGACGUGAACAGUCCGCGACCGAGAGCACUGCCAAAGGUAGUGACCGCCUGUGAUAGCACCGACACGGAUGGCUUUGUCGAGGACGACCUCGACGAAGAGCCCGCGACGGUACCCGUCUCCGCAGUGAACCGCCGCCCCGCCGGGGGCCAGACCGCCCGCGUGAGACCCAGUGAUACCGGUGGCACGACGAUGCAGCUUCCACCGAAGGUAGAGGUGGAGGUCGAGAAGGAGGAGCAAGCGCAAACCCAGCAGCCGAAGCAACAGAGGACCAACGCCGACGAGCCAACGGCGGUGACAGUGCCUAGUAAUCCCCUGGUGGCCCCUCAGCUGCCAGCGCCACCCGCCUCCGAUCCGAACGUCCUGCAGGUGUUUGCCAUCGAUCCGAAGCUGAUCAACAAGUACGACGGGCUGGAGCAGACGCUGUACUACAUCGACGAGAACGGCAGCCCCAAGAUACGGGAGAAGUACGGCCUGCAGCGCCAGCUGGCCGAGGAGAAGCGCCAGCGGAAGCAGCAGAAGAAACUCGAGCGAGCGGCCAAAUAUGGCGGUUCGCUCGAUGGUGAACCGACGGUGCAGUGUUCCUGCUUCAGCUUUAGUCGGCUGUCGAGGAAGCUCAAGGAGAUGUGUAAGGAUGGCUCCAAAGUGACGACGGUUGUAGCAACACCCGGACAAGGCCCAGACAGACCGCAGGAAGUAUCAUACACAGAUACUAAGAUAAUUGGCAAUGGAAGCUUCGGUGUCGUCUUCCAGGCGAAACUCUGUGAUACGGGCGAGCUAGUCGCCAUCAAGAAGGUGUUACAGGACAAACGAUUUAAGAACCGUGAACUACAGAUCAUGCGACGACUAGAACACUGUAACAUCGUUAAGCUAAAGUACUUCUUCUACUCCAGUGGCGAAAAGCGAGAUGAUUUUCCGUUGGACAUGGGACUGUUUGCCGGUGCCUUGCAGACGCAGAAAGACGAAGUUUAUCUGAACUUAGUGCUCGAAUAUAUCCCAGAAACGGUUUACAAAGUCGCCCGUCACUAUGCGAAGAACAAGCAAACGAUACCUAUCAACUUUAUCCGACUUUACAUGUAUCAAUUAUUCAGAAGUCUCGCUUACAUCCACUCGCUCGGCAUCUGCCACCGUGACAUCAAGCCACAGAACCUGCUGCUCAACCCGGAGACGGCCGUGCUGAAGCUGUGCGACUUCGGUAGCGCCAAGCAGCUGCUGGACGGGGAGCCGAACGUAUCGUACAUCUGCUCCCGGUACUACCGGGCACCGGAGCUGAUAUUCGGUGCCGUCAAUUACACCACCAAGAUCGAUGUCUGGAGCGCGGGUUGCGUGCUGGCGGAACUGCUGCUCGGUCAGCCCAUCUUCCCGGGCGACUCCGGCGUCGAUCAGCUGGUCGAAAUCAUCAAAGUUCUCGGCACGCCGACACGGGAACAGAUCAAAGAGAUGAAUCCCAACUACACGGAGUUCAAAUUCCCACAGAUCAAAAGUCAUCCAUGGCAAAAGGUGUUCCGGACACGCACCCCACCGGAUGCGAUCGCACUGGUUUCCCGGCUGCUGGAGUACACGCCGGGCACCCGAAUCACCCCGAUGCAGGCCUGCGCCCAUCCGUUCUUCAACGAGCUCCGGGAGGGCAGCAAGACCCUGCCGAACGGUCGCGAGUUUCCACCGCUGUUCAACUUCACAGAGCAAGAGCUUGCCAUUCAGCCGAGCCUGAACCUCAUCCUGAGGCCAAGAAACCCGAACGAUCUGGCGUCCAAGGCGUCGUCGAGCGGCUCGAUGGAGGGUGGCAGUGGCAGCGGUAACGGUGGCGGAGCCAGUGCGUCCGGCAGCGGCGUCGGUGGCGGUGGCCCGAACAGCAGCAGCAACAGCGGUGCCGGUGGCAGUAGCAAUAAUGAUCCGAUCAACCUGCCGCAGCAAUCGUGCGGCGGUGCGUCCGGUGGUGUCGGCCCGGACGACAUGACGACGGCGACCGGGGGCGACGGCAGCUCCUGCCAACCGUCCGCGGCCACCUCCUCGAUGGGUUAGCUUUAAUUGUGUAUCUAAAACAAAACAAACAAAAUUCUAUGUAUGAAGCCCUAGCAAAGGAAAGGAAGGAAAGGAAAAUAACACACCCGCAAUCACCACACACAAAACCACAGCUAAAGAGGGAGAGAGAGAGAAAGAAAGAGUGGAAGAGAAAAAGGCAGAAGACGGUCGUGCGUUAAGCAUGCGACGGGCAUAAAGAUCAUGAAGUGUGGAAAUUAAUGUUAAAAAUAUAUAUAUAUAAAUAUAAAUUAAUAUAUAUAUAUAUUUAUAUAUAAAAUUUAUAUCUAGCAGCCACUUUCGCUGUUGAACAACAAAAUUACGUGAACACAGCUAUGCAUCAACAAUAUUGGGGGUGGGCGCAACACAACAUAGACUAGUGCAGCAGUAAAUAGAUCCAUGUAUGUGUAUGUGUGCCUGUGUGUCUGGGUGUGUGUGUGUGUGUGUGCGUGUGUGGGUGGGUGGGUGUUUGUUCGUGCGAGGCAGCAGGCACGUAAGUUGAAUGUUAAGAUAUUUCAAAAACAUCUAUUGGAGGUGUGAAUUUUAAUUAUUAUUUAAAAAAGUAAAAGCGCCGUAAAAUUUGUGUUUGUUUUUUUUUCUUCUUUUGUUGUGUGUCAGGGAAAGGCAACGAAAUGCUGGACGAAAUAGGUUUAGUCGUUUGUUCAUUUUAGGGGGUUUUCGUUUGUUUUUUUAAAUACUCUUUUUACGGUCAACCUAUCCCCACUGUUCGGAAAGCGUGUUGUUUUCUUCCUCUCUCCCUCUGCCGGUACCAUGUUUGGCAGUAGAAUGCCCACAAGCCGAAGAGCCGGGCAGUUGUUCAUGCUGCAAAAGCUUGACGCAAACUGAAAAACCAGCAUGUCAGCACAUUUUAAUUGUGCGACCGAGAGGUAUAAUGUUGAGGAACGGUUAUAACGUCAACCAAUAGAAUCAGGUCUCUUUUGUUUUACCGGAAGUAAGCGAAAUCCCACGAAGAAAGAUAGAGCAACACCUAGAAAAAGAUGCACAUAUAAAAUCCGCAUGCACACACACACACAUGUGCACAUUCUCUCAUACACACGCAUACUUCACCAUUGUUUAACUGCUAAAAGAAAAGAAAAGAUUUGCCGGGAAAGCGAAGCAUAAGAAAAACGACCCGGUUUAAUAAAACCCGGAAUAACGAGUAGUGUAUAGAUGGGCACACAUUCUCUAAUUUCCUUUUUUUUUUGUUGUUGUUCUGUGACCAUGAUGUCGAAACUAAUGCAUAUAAUCGGUAGAUAAUAAAAACACACCCCCUCUUUCUAAACCACCUUC